AUGGGGACAUACAAUGGUCGGAGGGGACCAAAUGUCUCGCAGUAUUUGCGGGAACUGAAUACCAUUCCCGCGCAGGACCCGCCUGCUGCCGACGAGGCCUUUGGCAUGGAGGACGAUCUUGCCAUGUUCACCAACACGCAGUUCUUCGACUUCGAUUCUGGCCAGAAUACGGAUUACAAUGCACCACCAGCCAAGCCUGACUCGGCCGAGACAACGCAGCGUCCGGACGAUCUCACAUCUCCGAACUCAGUCAUAGGCGAGUUUGGUGGCAUCGACUUUAUGUCAGGGGAAUUCAACCUGGGCGAUUUUGGAUCAGCCUAUACCUCACCGACCAUUCCUAGUUUCGCCGACACACUAGGAAAUCUGCAGCCAAUCCAGCCCAACCCUCAGACUGUCUAUCCGCCGCCCCCGGGCCCGCAGCACCAGGCCGGCUACGGUGUCCAGGCGCCGCGGAUAGGAGAGAAACACAAGCCCGAGACGCCCUCCCACGCCAGCCCGAAUCGCGCCCUCAGCUUUGAGGACGCCUCCCGCUUCGCCGCCGAGGAGGACAAGCGGAGACGCAACACCGCCGCCAGCGCCCGCUUCCGCGUCAAGAAGAAGCAGCGCGAGCAGGCCCUCGAGAAGUCGGCCAAGGAGAUGACCGACAAGGUCAACGCCCUCGAGGGCCGUAUCCAGCAGCUUGAGACGGAGAACAAAUGGCUCAAGAACCUCAUCAUGGAGAAGAACGAGGGCAACGAGGACGUCAUCAGGUUAUGGAAGGAGUUUGGUGCCACCAAGGAUUCCGACAAGAAAGACCGGGAUCCCCGAAAAUCGAAAGAAGACGUUAGAGACAGCGUGACGGUAGCGCGGCUGGAUGCCAAGGCUUUGUCCAAGGAGUGA